CAGGGCUGGCUGUACAGGGUGCAGGUGCCGGGCCACGUGAAGGUGCAGGAGGGCCUGUGUGUCUUCUUGCCCUGCUCCGUCGAGUACCCCAAGGACGGCUGGACGGACACCACCCCGGCCUAUGGCUACUGGUUCACGAAACACACUGACACGCUCAAGGGCACUCCAGUGGCCACAAACCAUCCAGACCGAGAGGUGCAGGAAUCUGCCCGGGGCCGGUUCCUGCUCGUGGGUGACCCCAGCAAGAACAACUGCUCCCUGUUGCUCAGAGAGGCCCGGAUGGAAGACAUGGGCUUGUAUGUCUUCCGGCUGGAGAGGGGAGACAAAGUGAAAUAUAAUUUCAAGCAAUGGCCCUGGCUGGAGGUGACAGCCCUGACUCAGAAGCCGGACAUCUUCAUCCCCGAGGAGCUGGAGCCCGGGCGGCCGGUGAAGGCCCUCUGCGUGUUCAACCUGACCUCUGAGCUGUGUCCAGCCCCUACUUUCUCCUGGAUGGGGGCUGCCGUGACCACCCAGAGGACCCAGCUGCGGAGCGCCCACUACUCGGUGCUCAGCUUCAGCCCCAGGCUCCAGGACCAGGACACCGAACUCACAUGCCGAGUGGACUUCCCUCUAUCGGCCAGGAGCACCCACGAGAGCGUCCGCCUCAGCGUCCGCCUCCGCCUGGUUGGGAAGGGAGGGUGCCUGGCACAGGUGGUCCUGGUGGCCAUCGGAGAGGCGGUGGCCAAGAUCCUGCUGCUGCUGGGCCUCUGCCUAAUCCUCAGACUGAGGUCCCACAGCAAAGAUGAGACUCGGGAAGCAAGGGGCACGCAGGACACAAGCCAGGUGGAGCGCUGAUCUCUCUGCUCCACUUCCCAUCCAGCUCCCUGCCUGUGGCCUGGG